AUGUCAGUCGAAGAGGCUAGGAAUUUACGAGUAGGAAAGAUUGUUGGCGGGCGAUGGCGUCUGAUUUCCAAACUUGGUGAAGGCGCAAUGGGAGCAGUUUACAAAGUGGAAGAUAGGAACAGAAAGAACUUUUUGGGAGCAAUGAAAGUGGAAGAUGAUCUGACUGAAGGCGGGGUUUUGAAGCUAGAGGUGUUUGUUCUAAAAAAGUUGCAAGCGCUGAAGUACGCAAUAAGACUGUACGAUUCGGGAAAGACAAUGAAGUACUGUUUCAUGGUGAUGUCACUAUGUGGAGAAGAUUUGAUGACCUUGAAAAGAAGUUAUACUUCAGGUAUGACACGCUCAUUCGUGGCCGUAGAUGAAGCCACAGGUAGGCUAGCCAUACGCCAGCCAAGAGGAGGUGAGCAGUUAUUUCGUGGAACUCCGAGAUACUGUAGCUUAACAUGUCACCUUAGGAAGGAGCAGGUAUGUUGUACUCAAUGUACAAAUCGAAACAUACUCAUUAUUUUAAGGGACGAGUGGAUGAUUUAUGGUCAUGGCUUUACACUCUUAUUGAGAUCUACAUUGGAUUACCUUGGGCUAAGUGUGGUGCGAAUGAAAAUGCGAUAA